ACGAACGAGCUGCAACUUCAGGUGGUGUUUCGAACGGAUUGAUUCUUGAAAGAAAAAAUUACAAAAUAAAAAAUUUGAAAAAAAAAGAGUCGAAGUUGAGACGGGCGAGUGUGAAAAAUUGAGUAGUGCAAAAUAUGCGCGAAACGCGCCAAUGAGAAUUAAGAACGAACGUACGACAAUCGGCACAGAUGAGUGACAGCUGAAGACGUGUUGGAAUUAUUUGGCACGAUUUCAAUUCCCGAUUAAUACAAGCAAAGGUGCAGAUCUAUCGCCUAGAUUAAAUUGGCAACUGCGAACGAACCGUGAUGAUGAUUAUUAUUUUACGGAAACCGAUCGGCGAUCGGUUGGAAGAAGAAAUGAUACAGAAGUAUGGAAAGAGAGAGAGAGGAGGUAGGAAAAUGGGGAGAACGAAGAAAUUGGCGAGUGCGCUGAUUUUCAGGCUUAUUUGAAAAUCGCCAAAAUUUUCGGCGAACAGAAGGAAGCGAAGAAGGAGAGAAGCAGAUGAAAAAGAGGAAACGGCGGGGACGCGCAGCUUCGAUAUAAUAUAUAAGGCGUGCUAGAAUUUGGCCCGGUUUUCACUCUACCUACAUUUUACGUACCUCGCACGAGCAGCUCAUAUUCCUAACGGGCUUCGUCAACUUCUCGUUUCCAUCUGAUAACUCGAUAUUACAGGCCCAUUAAAUUCCCAUAGUCAAUCGCCCGGCUCUUCACGCUCACCUGUAUCCGAAGAAAUCAAAAACCAAAAAAGUCAAAAACGUGAAAACCGAAGGGAGGAAAAUAAAAUAGAAAAAAAAAACGCGAAACGUUUCAACGAUAUCGUGAUACCGUUUUUAAAGGGUUGUUUUUUUUUUUUUUUAUAAUCCCUCACCUGAAGCGACUUUUGCAGCAGACAAUUAUCGAAAAAAAAAACGGAAAAAAAAUUCAUCGAAAUAAAAAUAUCCCCGAAGAAGUUUGGAGAAAUUUUUUUUCUCGUACCGCAAAUAUUAUAAUUACAGAUCCGAUAAGUUUCUUGGUGUACAAAAAUGAUGUCAUAUUAGUCGCUACACUGAUCCACAUGUAUAACGACUUUUACUUCUAUCUACGAUGUGCCUACGUUGUAACGAAAUUACCGUAAAAAGUUUAUCUUUCGCGGCAACGCCUAUACCGAAUUUUUUGCCACUCGACGAUUUUUCGUUUUGGUCACUGGUUGUUUUUCUUUCUCUUUUCAUUUUUUAUUUUCUUCUUCUCUAGUUAAUACGCUAUGCAGAUACGUACGUAUGUCCAAAAAGCACAUAAUUCGUGUUUCUUUCCACGAUUUCUCUCUCUUGGAGAGAAAGAGAGAAAGAAAAUAAAAGGCAAAUAUGUGUCUAGAUUCACGUGCGCAAGGAACACCAAAAUUCUUUUGAAAAAAAAAAAGAUAGAAAAAGUCCGGAAUUACUGUAAUUAUCAUUAUAUCAUACCAUAAUUAUUGUUACCAUCUACGUUGCACCCGAUGGUUAAAUUCAUUCUCAAAUAUCAUCGUCACUCAACGAUGCUGUUUUUUUGAAAAACGAGAGGAUCGUUCGAUUGGAUAAAAUUUUCGAAACAGAUCAGGUCGGGUAUCUUGGAGAUCGGGAAGUCGGAGAGAAGAAAAAAAUGUAAUUUGUUCCUAAUUUGCGUAUAGAAAUUCCGACGAACUGACCUCUAAAAUUGACGCGAUCAUGUUCACCCUCUCCGACGACGAGAGGAUGAAAAAAAAAAAUGUCAACGAAUUUCAAGCAGGGAUCGUUAACCACGUCGUAUACAAAAUUUGCGUCGCGUAUCGGAUGCGAGGAUUAGAAAUUCAUGAGAAAAUAACUCGAGCGUUUGAUCCGGACAAUUUGAAUGCUAUUAAACCAAUAGCGAAAUCGUGUAACGAUCGUCGGUUGCACUAAAUACGCAAUUAAUUACCAAAUUCAUCAGCGAUCUAUUUGGCAAAAAAACUGGGCAACAAUUAUCGCUCAAUUGUCGCUAAUUUAAGGAGGAGGUCGCUUCGCCGCCGUCAUAAUAAUCUGCAAGUCUGGAGAUAUUUUGUUGGCUUUGUUUUUUUUUUUUUUUUCGCCAUCAAGUUUUACGUUAAAAAUUCAAAAGAUCGAUCGAUCUCUGCAGCCUUACGGCUGCUACCCCGGGGGUAUAAUAGGCGCGGUGGCACCCGCAUGAAUAUUAACGUGGAAAAGAAGAACGGGAAAGAGAGGAGGUAGAAAAAAAAACGAACGAACGACGAAGAACACUCGAGUAUAUAUAUCGCGGGAUGUACACAUUAUUUGCGGAUCAUAUUUAUUUCAUCGCGAAAUGGUGCGAUCAAAGUUUCCGCAGUGCUGCAAGUCAAACGUACGAAACAAGACGGGAAAUCGCAGAGAGGAUGCCGAUACGUACAUAUUGAUGAAUCGUUUGAUCCUGAGUAUGGUCGGCCUGUACCCGAAAAAUGGACUGAGGUGUUUGACGGUAGCUUUCUUCAUGCUUCUGAUAGUCGUACCUCAAGUCCUACAAAUUUAUCACUCGACCGAUCUCGGGGUCAUUUUGGAAACAAGCUCCGUUCUGCUCACCAUAUUACUCGCACUAUUGAAAAUGAUAGUUUGGACUUUGAAGAGCAAGGACAUGAGCGAUCUGAUAUCUUACAUGUUCGACGAUUAUUGGAAGGUGGCUAAAAUCGGGGAUGAGACGCCAUCUUGUUUUCUCAGAUACGCCAGGUUCGCCAGGACGUUCACGAGGUGUUACUUUUUUCUCGUGCUGAACGCGUUGCUCCUCUUUUGCGGCUCGCCGUUCGUACGCUCGGCGAUAUCCGUUGAUAACGAGUCGGUUAAUAAGAGUCGUACUUUUUUAUUCCCCGCCAUGUAUCCCGAGGGAUGGACGCAGCGUCCUCUCUACGAGAUCGCACUCGUCUCGCAGGUGAUAGCGACCUUCUCCUGCGCGGCGGUCGUUCUCGCGAUCGACACUAUCGUUGCCACGUCUCUCUUCCUCACCUGCGGACAGUUCAAAAUUGUCCAAAAUAAUCUCAGAGGGCUCGGUAACAACGAAGCGAACAACGACGAAACCGGAGAACGCGGUCAACGCGGCGAAGAAUCCGCCCGACAGAACCGGCAAAUUGUGGAUCGCGAUAAACUAACAACGUACAUCGAUCAUCAUCGAGCCGUGAUCAAGUUUUCGGACAAACUGAACCGUUUGUUCAGCCCGAUAAUGCUGUGCCAAGUUCUGGCCAGCAAUCUGAUCAUUUGUUUGGUCGGGCUGCAGAUGACCUCGACUCUGACGGACGAGGGAAAGGUUCUCAAGUAUUUCGCCUACCUCAUGAUGGCACUUUAUCAGCUGAUGAUGUUCUGCUUGCCCGGCGACGAUCUGAUCAACCAAAGUUCGGCGGUCAGCGACGCCGCCUAUUCCACGAACUGGUACUUGGCCACGGAAUCGUUCAAGGCCGACGUGAUUUUCGUCAUCGUCAGGGGCCAGAAACCCUCGAGAAUAACGGCCGGAAAAUUCAACGUAAUGUGCAUGGAACAUUUCGGAACGGUACUGAGCGCGUCCAUGUCGUAUUUUAUGGUGCUGAGAAGUUUCAGCCAGGGAGACUACGCCGCGAGAUAAUUUCAGGGAAAAAAUCGUACAACAAUUAUGGACAGAUAUUGUAAGAAAACGCUGUAAUUUAUUUUCGUUUAUCAAUGUGUCAGGUAAAAAAAAAAAGAUCCUCCUCGAUGCGUCGAGGUCGUUCUCAACGACGCGAA